AUGGCCAUCCAUUCCAAAGACGAGGCUUUGAUGUGCAAAGUAUUUAUGUCCAGCUUGGGACCAGUGGCAAUGAGAUGGUUUGACGGCCUCAAACCAAAUUUCGUAAGCUUCUUUAAGCAGCUGACCCAAGCCUUUGGCUCUCGCUUCAUCACAAGUAACAGGGUUCCUCGGCCCUUGGAUUCUCUACUGUCUUUGUCCAUGCUAGAAGGGGAGACCCUGAAAGCCUACUCGGACAAGUACUGGGAUAUGUACAAUGAGAUAGAGGGUAACUAUAACGACGUUGCCAUCAGCACUUUCAAGAGCGGCCUCCCAGCUGAGCAUGGUUUAAGAAAAUCCCUAACAGGAAAGCUUGUCACCAACUUGCACCAACUCGGGGACCAAAUCGACAAGUACAAAAGGGUCAAAGAAGACCAACAGUUGGGUAAAGGAAAAGCAAAGGUUCUCCCUCAAGAGAGAAGGGACUUCAAGUUGGACCGAUUUAACAACAACAACCGGUCGAGGAAAGACUUUGUAGGGCAAUCCAGAUCUGCCAACAUGUAG